ACGUACAGAUCCCCCCAAGAUCUCCCAAAGCUACCGUCCCACAGAUUAUAGAACAGAACCCCAAAAAUCGAAACAGAGGAAACGGACAGCGGUGGAACAUGGACGAAGGAAUUCCUCAUUUGCAAGAGAGACAGUUACUGGAACAUAGAGAUUUUAUAGGACUGGAUUAUCCCUCUUUGUAUAUGUGUAAACCCAAAAGGAGCAUGAAGCGAGACGAUAGCAAGGAUACCUACAAAUUACCGCACAGAUUAAUAGAAAAGAAAAGAAGAGACCGAAUUAAUGAAUGCAUCGCUCAGCUGAAAGACUUACUGCCUGAACAUCUAAAGUUGACAACUCUGGGGCACCUGGAGAAAGCGGUGGUCUUGGAAUUAACUUUGAAACACUUAAAAGCUUUAACAGCCUUAACGGAGCAGCAACAUCAGAAGAUAAUUGCUUUACAGAAUGGGGAGCGAUCUCUGAAAUCGCCCAUUCAGUCCGACUUGGAUGCGUUCCAUUCGGGAUUUCAAACAUGCGCCAAAGAAGUCUUGCAAUACCUCGCCCGGUUUGAGAGCUGGACGCCCAGGGAGCCGCGGUGUGUCCAGCUGAUCAACCACUUGCACGCCGUGGCCACCCAGUUCUUGCCCACCCCCCAGCUGUUGACUCAACAGGUUCCUCUGAGCAAAGGCACCGGCGUGCCCUCGGCCGCCACCCCCGCCGGGUCCGGGGCCGCCCCCUGCCUGGAGCGCGCCGGGCAGAAGCUGGAGCCCCUCGCCCACUGCGUGCCGGUCAUCCAGCGGACUCAGCCCAGCGCCGAGCUCGCCGCCGAGAACGACACGGACACCGACAGCGGCUACGGCGGCGAGGCCGAGGCCCGGCCGGACCGCGAGAAGGGCAAAGGCGCGGGGGCGAGCCGCGUCACCAUCAAGCAGGAGCCCCCCGGGGAGGACUCGCCGGCGCCCAAGAGGAUGAAGCUGGAUUCCCGCAGCGGCGGCGGCCUGGGGGGAGGCGCGGCGGCGGCGGCGGCCGCGCUCCUGGGUCCCGACCCGGCCGCCCCGGCCGCGCUGCUGAGACCCGACGCUGCCCUGCUCAGCUCGCUGGUGGCGUUCGGCGGAGGCGGGGGCGCGCCCUUCGCGCAGCCUGCGGCCGCCGCGGCCCCCUUCUGCCUGCCCUUCUACUUCCUCUCGCCUUCGGCGGCCGCCGCCUACGUGCAGCCCUUCCUGGACAAGAGCGGCCUGGAGAAGUACCUGUACCCGGCGGCGGCCGCCGCCCCGUUCCCACUGCUGUACCCCGGCAUCCCCGCCCCGGCCGCCGCCGCCGCCGCCGCCGCUGCCGCCGCCGCCGCCGCCGCCUUCCCCUGCCUGUCCUCCGUGUUGUCGCCCCCUCCCGAGAAGGCGGCAGCCGCCGCCGCCGCCGCGACCCUCCUGCCGCACGAGGUGGCGCCCCCUGGGGCGCUGCACCCCCCGCCCCCGCACGGCCGCACCCACCUGCCCUUCGCCGGCCGCAGCGAGCCGGGGAACCCGGAGAGCUCCGCUCAGGAAGAUCCCUCGCAGCCAGGAAAGGAAACCCCCUGA